UCUCUGGUCAUUAUCUUCCAGUUAUGUCUGGACGAGGCAAGCAGGGCGGCAAGGCUCGCGCCAAGGCCAAGACCCGCUCUUCGCGGGCCGGGCUGCAGUUCCCCGUGGGCCGCGUGCACCGCCUGCUCCGCAAGGGCAACUAUGCCGAGCGGGUGGGGGCCGGCGCGCCGGUGUACCUGGCGGCGGUGCUGGAGUACCUGACGGCCGAGAUCCUGGAGCUGGCGGGCAACGCGGCCCGCGACAACAAGAAGACGCGCAUCAUCCCGCGCCACCUGCAGCUGGCCAUCCGCAACGACGAGGAGCUCAACAAGCUGCUGGGCAAAGUCACCAUCGCGCAGGGCGGCGUCCUGCCCAACAUCCAGGCUGUGCUGCUGCCCAAGAAGACCGAGAGCCAUCACAAGGCCAAGGGCAAGUAAGCCCUCAAUAUCAACUUCUUCCAACCCAAAGGCUCUUUUCAGAGCCA